CCUACCAUUUGGGAGCACCAAUUCAUUGAGUCUUUGAAGAAUCCUUACACGAAUGAACUCUCCCAUGCCCGCUUAGAGGAGCUCAAGCAAGAAGUAAAGCAGCUUAUAAUGUCUACCAAAGAUCCAUUGGUUCGAUUGAAACUCAUCGACUCGAUUCAACGGUUGGGAGUGGUUUACCACUUCGAGGAAGAGAUCAAAGAGUCCCUUCUUCUUCAUCAUCUCGUUUAUUUGGAGGGCAAUGAUGAUCUCUGUACUGCUGCCUUAAAAUUUCGACUUUUUCGAGAACAUGGAUAUCAAGUUAGUUCAGAUGUGUUUAAUGAAUUCAAGAACAACGAUGGGAGCUUCAUGGACUGUUUAAGUAAUGAAGCCGAAGGUCUCUUGUGCUUAUAUGAAGCUUCAUACCUUGGAAUGACUGGAGAUGCAGUGCUAGAGGAAGCCAUGGAAUUCAGUGUCUCACGUCUCAAGUCAUCAAUGAAAGACUUGGGGAAUAAUCUGGCAGAACAAGUGCGACGAUCAUUGGAAGUUCCAUUGCACUGGAGAAUGGUGAGAUUAGAAGCUAGGAACUUCAUAAAUGUUUACGGGAAGGAGCAUACAAAGAAGAGUUCAUCAAUAUUGGUUGAGCUAGCGAAGCUAGAUUUCAACAUUGUGCAAUCAGUUCACCAAAGAGAUUUACAGGAGCUAUCAAGGUGGUGGAGAGACUUGGCUUUUGAAGAAGAGCUUUGCUUUGCAAGAGACCGAUUAGUGGAGAAUUUCAUGUGGACAGUUGGGAUUAUCUAUGAGCCCGGAUUCUCCAAAUGCAGGAUUGGGCUCACCAAAUUAAUCUCAAUUUUGACGAUAAUUGACGACAUUUAUGAUGUAUAUGGAUCACUAGAUGAACUUGAACUCUUCACAAAUGCAGUUGAUAGGUGGGAUAUCAAAGCCGUGGAGGAGCUUCCCAACUACAUGAAAUCUUGCUACUUAGCCCUGCUCAAUUUUGGUAAUGGAAUUGUUUAUGAUGCACAAAGGGAUCAUGCGUUGAAUAUCUUACCCUAUGUUAAGAAAGAGUGGGCACGACUUUGCAGAGCAUACAUGAUGGAAGCAAGAUGGUUUUACAAGGGGUACACACCAGGGUUGGAAGAAUACUUGGGUAAUGCAUGGAUAUCAGUGGGUGGUCCUGCAGCCAUGGUUCAUGCUUAUUUUCUGCAGCUGCAAGGACGCACCCUAUCGGCUGAUGAGUCUCUUGAUUGCCUGAAGGCUCUGAACUGUGGGUCCGGUGACCUAUUUUAUUGGGCAUCUAUCAUUACUCGACUCACUGAUGACCUCGGAACUUCCCAAGCUGAGAUGGAAAGGGGAGAUGUGCCCAAGUCCAUACAAUGCUACAUGAAUGAAAAGGGUGUCCCAGAGGGAGAAGCAAGAGAACACAUAGAGGGCUUAGUGAGGGAUUCAUGGAAGAAGCUUAACGAGUGUGCUCAAAGCUGUGGGCUUCCUAGAUGGGUUGUGGACAUGGCCUUGAACAUGGCACGGACUUCCCAGUGCAUCUUUCAGCACGGUGAUGGCAUUGGCACUCCCGGCGGAGUGACUAAAGAUCGAGUGGUCUCACUGUUCAUCGAACCCCUUUCAUGAACAAUUUCAAUGACUUUAGGAUCCAAGAAAUCUUCCAAUCAUCCGAUCGAUAAUGUGGAAGUUACAAGGGCCUACAUAUUUAGUUUGGGCCUAGUACAAUUAAUUUUAUGUAAUUAUUAAUUAA